CGUACAGUAGGUCAAACGAACGACUAAAAUGAACGAUUCAAUGAGAAAAAUGAUUCGUGACUCUCGAGUCAGUAUAAAAAGUAGCGUUCAAAAAGAACAAAUCGUUCGCGAACUGCACAUCACUAAUAAAGAACUGGGGUUGUGUUCGGGUUGGACUCUCUAGGCUACACUCUUGGGUGUAACUGAGCAUUUGAAAUUUCAGGAUUUUGUUGCAGAACAUAUACUACAGAUAUUAGCUACACAAUUUGAACUUCAACUGUGGAUUUUAAAGUAUCCUAGGUCAAGUCAUCUGCUUCUUGACGGAAUUACUUUUGUUUUCACUUUGUACCUACAAACGGUGCAAACUUCAGUAGUCUUUCAAGCUGAUUUACCAUGUCCGGUGAGGAGCAUAGACAAGAAAAAGGAGGCAGAUGCUGACGGCUUGCCUCAUCUCUUCUGCUGCGCUGCUUUCCAGGACACACAAGAGAGAUGCUGCAUAACAGGUCUCCAGGAAGAUAGAAGACAGAGUGUUUUACCCCUCAUCCAAAAGUGGGAAGCCUACUGGCUAAGAAGGAGGCACAUAGCUGGAGUCUUGCCUCAUCUCUACUGCUUCUUCCCAGGACACACAGGAGAUGUAGUGUCACUAAGAAGGCUGCAGUUGACAUGGACAAUAUGCUGAAUCCCAAAACAAUGGCGGAUUUUAAAAUAGUUAUCUUAAUUUUGAGCUACUUCUCUACUGAUCUGAAGCUCCUGUGAAAGAGUGGGCCCAUGCCAUGCUGAGGAGACAGAGAACUGACACUCUUCUAACCCUUUUGCUGUGGUUUCUCUUCUUCAUCGCCAUGACAAUGAAACAGGCAUAUGGAAAAUCCAUGUGCAGUAAAGAACUUCCCGGAAUUGUGCGAAAAUGCAUUGAGGAAGUUCACAAGAUGGAAUCAUUUGAUUGUAGACUGUACACCCCAACUUUGGCUGAUUAUCAGCAGAAGUGCCCCACGUCCACACUCAUAUGCUUUGAAAAAGAAGUGAAUGUCCUGGUGUUAGAAACUGGGAAUAAGUCCUCACCCAUAUACAAGCCAAAACUAUCCAUCCGGCUGAAGUCCUUGAUCAAACAGAAAGAACGUGCCAACUGUCCAGACUGUGAGGCCCACAGAGAAAGGGCAGCAAAGGAUUUCUUAACAACAUUGCAAACAAUUCUGGAGUGGAUGAACGAUCAGGGGUGUCGGAAGCCAUCCAGCCAUUGAGAUGGACACAUCCAUAGAUGGGGACAUCCAAGGACUCACAUACGUGCAGAAGGCUACCUGAACAAUUGCUAUAUGUAGAAAAUACUAUACAUGUAUUGUAAUGUACCAGACCACCGCUAUCUUUCCCAGAGAGAGUAGCUGAGGAUCGGCCGGGGACAUCAUCUCCUUCACUUAGAAUAAAAGUCUGUCUGAUCUAUGUUGUACAUUGAUGCACAAGGCACACACCAGUGUUUGAAUACAGUGUGUCAUAUGUUGUGGAGAUUACUUGAGAUUAAGCUCUUUAUUUUAACAUUUUUUUAUUUGAUUUUGAAUUUUAGGACCCCUUUAGGUAUCAAAAUAAAUAUACAAAUGAUUUGAUAAAAUAUUGAAUUUGGCCUUUACUACUAUAGCCCAUAGAAACGCAUUGACUAACGCAUAUAUAAAUGGCAAAACAAUACAGUAAAAAAAUCAGGUUUUGAAGUGUCUGUCCUAUAUCUAGGAGAUAUAAGAAAGCUCAGGAAAUAUUUUUGUAUUUUUCUUUUACACAUAUUUAACCCCUCAUUUUUCUUGGCACAAAACUACCUCCAUACUUCCAUUCAUUUGUAUGGUAGUACAGCAAAACUGAGGGCAACAUCGCGUUCGUGAGAAUCUCCCAAAUCCAUAGAGUGGUCAUAGUUUUGUAGGCCAAACUGUUCAGACGCUGUAGACGUUUUCUUGAAAUGACAGAAUUUUCAACACUGAUGUGGAAGGCUGACAUAGGUGGAUACAUUGAGAUGAAGCACUUGCAAAAAACUGAUAUCUCUUAAACUGACGGAUUUGGAUGGGAAUAUUUUAAUAUGUUGCUUAGAUUGACUCACGGUUGUGUCAGUAUUUUUGUGUUAUUAUGUUUGAAAUGCAUAUUGAUUUGCGCUAACCUGUGCAUCUUGUUCAUUUCUUAACCCAUACACAUUUGACCAUUCAUGGAUUGAAAAAAAGCCUCUGUGUUUACUUUUUACCCUCUCGUUUCAUGGUCAAUUGACAUCCUCAUCAAGUUGUCUAUCCAGGUCUCUUUGGAAUGAGAAAUGAUUUACCUGGGCAUGGUGUCUACUAGACAUGUGUCUUAACUUGCUGUCAUGUCUGUUCCGUAAACCUGUCAUAUUAGUUGUAGUUUUGAUACACUUUUCAACAUUAACAACAGUAACAUUAACAACAUAUAAACUGUAGUCAAAUGUAGUCAAAUGUUAACCCAUCAGAGUCUAAGCCCUGUCUAAGCCGGAGGAGGGGGAGUUCCACUAGGCUAUAUGGAUUUGUUUUAAGAAGAUCAUACCAAGGAUCAUAUAGCUAUUUGAUUAGGAAUUUUAAGACCCCUUGAAUUAUGAAAAAUAUAUAUUAAAAAAUGAUUUGAUGAAAGAUUAUUUUGGGCCUUACUGCUAUUAGCCCAUACAAACACGUUGAAUAACAGAUUCACUACAUGGGACAACAGAUAGUCCCCAAAAAAUAUCACAAGUAAGUUUGUUCUGAAGUGUCUCUCCCAUAUCUGAGAGAUAUAGGAGAGACAAGGGGUCUGAAUACUUUCCGAAUGAACUUUUUAUACUUUAUUGAGCCCUUCAAUGGUUAUUUGCAGUUCAGAAAAGGGUUCUUUCCUCUUUUAGUGAUAAUUAAAAUAUUUUGGGGUGUGGUUUGCUCAGAGCUCUUUUUGUCCAACCUUGAGUGAGUGUCAUUUCAGUCAAUCUAAUCUGAUGUGUCAUGCCACAAUGUAAUAUGACUAUGGCCAGUGAAGGUGUCUGGUGAAAGACUCACGUAUGGCCUUAUAUGAAUUAAUAACUCUUCUACAUCAGUUCUAAAAAAAAAUCUCAUCAGUGCGGCCCAGUCGUUCCAGAGCUUGCACACCUGAUUCACACAAUGACAACACCUAUAGAACCUUAACAACAUAAUAUAAGUAAAAUAAAAUAAAAAUCUUCUACAAAUUACUUUUAAGAUUGAGGAAGGUUCUUUAUAGAACAAUUUUCCAUAAAUGUUAUAUAAAGAACCAUUAAAAAAGGGUUCUAUAUAGCACCAAAAAGGCUUGUAACUAUAGUGGAACCCUUUUUUGGUGCAAUAUAGAACCUUUAAUUAAUGUUUUUUUUAUAGAACUGAUAGGUGAGAAUUGUCUGUUAAUUGAAUGAUUAGAAUAUUCCGCCCUGAAACAUAUAAUUGUAUGGAAUUGAUUAGAAUGUAUAAAAUCAUAAUCAAUAAAUGUGUAGUCCUAGUCAGAAUUAGGGUAAAACAA